AUGACUUCCAGGCUCCAUGAACGCAUCCCACCGUUCCCCGCCGACCUUGUUCACGCGCCAAUCGCUGAAAUCUCCUCCAAGAAGCUCCUGGAAAAGCACCCUGCAUCCACGGCGGCAGUCUUGGAGGCAUGCCAGACCUACGGAUUUUUCUAUCUCGACAUGGCCGACUCUGAGCCGGGGCGCGAGCUCCUCACCGAGGCAGAUCAGCUCUACGACCUGAGUAAGGAGGCGCUGGCUCUCCCAUUCGAAGAAAAGGACAAGUACGACUUCCGCAAGACGCACUCGUUCUUUGGGUACAAGCCCGCCGGGACGGUCAAGUUGACCGACAAGUCCCAGCGGCCCGACAGCACCGAAUUCUUCAACAUUGGCAAGGACUGUCUGUUUGGCGUCUCUCCCAGCCGCACAUACCCGGAAAUCAUCCAGGAUGCGAGACCGUUGCUGCGAGCAUUCUGCAAGGGAGCGCAUGAGAUGGCCAUGACCAUCCUCCGUACCCUCGCCCGCGCCUUUGGUGAAGAUGAAGACAUCUUUGUCAACCUCAACCUCUUCGAGGAGUCGUCCGGUGACCACAUCCGCCUCACGCUCAAGCCCCCGACGGAUCCCACCAAUCCUGACAUUCUCGGCCUUCCGUCACACACCGACUUCGGCAGCGUCACGAUCCUCUUCAACUGGCUCGGCGGCCUGCAGAUCGAGUCGCGCACGCCCGGCCGCGUCGGCGAGUGGGAGUACGUCAAGCCGCUGCCGGGAAAGGCCAUCAUUAACCUGGGCGACGCCAUGGUCCAUUUCUCCAACGGCGCGCUCAAGAGCGCGAAACACCGCGUCGUACCGUCACCGGGGGCGCAGGCCGGGCUGGAACGGGUCAGCGUCGUCUACUUCGUCCGGCCGACGCACCACAGCCUGAUGAAGCCCGUGGGGCGAUUCGACAUGCAACAGGACCGCGUGAAGGUUGCAGGCAAAUUCUCCGACGGGAUCGACGACAAAGUGUACACGGCGAAGGAGUGGCUGGAGAAGCGGUACGUGCAACUGGCGUCAUCCUCCAAAGGAUGA